CAGGCUGGGAAAACCACUCAAUAACCUGGAGUGAAUAUUCCAGUGUAUGUGUGUUGGCGUAAACCAGUUAGUGUUGGAACUAUGGAAAUAUUUUUUAAAUUUGCAAGUAAAAAUAUAUUAACCUUUUGUAUUUAGCUGGAUUUCUGUAGAAAUGGUUUUAUUGACAGCGCUCCCUUCUUCUCUGGUGUUCCUUGUUCAAUUUUUCCAAGGUAUCAGUUUUGUCAACAGAGGUUUCUGCAAUUCUAAGGGUUUUCUUUUAACCUCAUUGAGCAUUCUGCGCUGUACUUUUGCAGUUAUCUAAAAUGAUGAGGACAACCAUUCGUUGGGUGACUAUAGCAACGGUGCCAUUCCAUUUCUAAGCAAUCUUUCUUGCAAAGGACUGAUGCAUAUCAUGGCUUUUUGUGUACCUCCACCUUAGAAUAAGUUUACAAUUUUAACCGUAGGUAUACUGAGAUAUUUUUGUGCAAGCAAUGCUUCCAGAAAAUAGAAGACUCAAAACUGCUCUGUGUGGUUUUUAUUUCAAUAUGGCAAACGUUAUGUGUGAUUUCUAAUCGUUAAAAAGACACACCUGAAAGGCAAGUAGAAACUGCACUAUGUUUUUUUCACAUUUUUGUUAUCUGGCUCGGAAAUGUGUGGUCCUAUGCGGGUAGCACAGAUGGAAAAUUGUGACUCCCUCCAGCAUUUACGUUUCCCUCUUUUGAAUCUGAGCGAAAUGAGUCACGCAUCAAACAGUAUGCUGCAUACAAUUAUCCAACAGAAUUAACCUACAUAGAUGACAGAUAGCUUAUUCUUCUGCAGAUUUCUGAGCUGCGGUAAUUAUAUCAUAUCUAAUGAUAACGUAUAUGCCAGAUGUCUGGCGAUGAUUGUUAUUAAAAUUGCAAGGCAGCCCUUUUUGCAAAAUAUGAGGUAAGGCAAAAGCAAUUCUAUCAUGAUAAAGAGCCUAAAAUGUCACAGUGAAGGUGAAACAUGAAAUGAUGGCAUCACUUGAGGCAGUUAUUUUUGUUUUUUUCUUGCAUCGUCUCAUAUUCAGAAGCAACUCUGCACCUCUCAAGCUUGUUAUCUGCUUAUUAUUUGAAUGAUUAAAACAUACACGUAAAUCUAUAUAUUUGGUGCACUUGGGAGUAUGUAGACUUGACAGCAAUAACUAGUCCUCAGAUGAAUAGCAUAAUGUCAGCAGUAUAAUUUAGAAACAAACAGUUUUGCAUUAAAUUUUACAUUACUUACCACGGAUCGCCCUGAGGUUUGAAAACUGCAAAGAACAAAACAAAAACAAAUUGCUCCCCAAUCUCUUUGAGUUGAUGAGGUGUCACUUGUGCAGGUAAAACAAAGCUCACUAUUAAACCGUAAUAUUUACUUAAAAGAACAAUCAAACAAAAACAAUAAGAAAAAAAAAUCACAGUACAUAAGCAUAUUCAACAGUAAGCUCCAAUCUUUGCAAUAAGUGGUGUGCUCUCCGUAUUUCAAGCCAGCGCAGCUUUAACAUGUUAAUGAAUCUUUAUGACAUAAUACAAAUAACCAGAGUGGUCACAAAAGAAAUGAAAAUCAUAUUUCAUCAGGGAUAUGUAGUCAGGUUGGGUAGGAGAGCCAGAGCAUCCCUGUACUCCAACAUUAUUAAUAAUGGAACAGUAUCUUACUGCAUAUUUUUAAAAUGUAAAAUACUGUUAAAUAUUCACCCCACACGUAAAGUAACAGGGAACACUUGACUGAAAAUCUAUAUUCCAAUUCAUGUGAAUCACAUUGCAUUAAAAUUAACCAUGGGAAUCGCAGGUGCACUGUUUUGGCGAGUACAUGACACAAAGAUAGGAACGCUAGAUAUUUAUCAUCAGUCCCCAAUACUGUACCUCAAAAAGGGCCACCAGGGUCCACUUCUUUCCCCGGCUACUCAUUUUCACCUGGAACAGACAGACCUACCGUGAUGUACUGUCAUCCAAAAUACAGUAGAAUACUGCUAAAAUAAAUGACUGUAGGAUCAUUGUAAAAUAACAAUACAUUACUGGCGUCCCUGUGGCAAUAAUUUAACAAAGAAAUGCUUUACAGUGAAUGUUUAUGUUAAAAUUGAAAGGCUGUAAAGGCAAAUCUUCCAUUUUGGCUUCAGAAUCUUCGACCUGACUCCAGAGGAGUCAGUGCCUCGCCACUCACGAACCUCACCACAUUCACUGUCACGUUGCAUCACUGUGUAUUCCCCCUGGUGUCAGUGAGUCAGUGAUUAAGUCCGGUGGACAUUGGCUUAUCUGCUGCGUAUUGCUGGGGUACUUGUGGCCCCCAGGCGCAAGAGAGAGUGAGAGAGCGAGAGCGAGAAAGAGAGCGAGAGAGAGAGCCAGAGAGAGAGAGAGAGAGAUGAGCACUAAGCUUGACUCUCACUUAGUGAGCUCAGCAGUACCUGUUGGCAGUCUGCACUGGCAGCAUCUACACUAAGACUGUCAAUAUUCGAUUAGACGGCGGACGCAACCCAAGCAGCCAGAAGAAAAAGCAGGACUAUCAUACAGAAACACAAUUAUUAUCAUGUCAGGGGCCACCGGGGACUUAACGUGUGAGGGGUGUUUUUCUGCACAUGGGGUCAACAGCACCGAGUCACACUCCACCGUGGAUGAUGAUGAACUUGUACGCUACAUCUGGUCCGGUGGACAUUGGCUUAUCUGCUGCGUAUUGCCGGGGUACUUGUGGCCCCCAGGCGCAAGAGAGAGUGAGAGAGCGAUAAAGAGAGAGAGAGCCAGAGAGAGAGCGAGCGAGAGAGAGAGAUGAGCACUAAGCUUGACUCUCACUUAGUGAGCUCAGCAGUACCUGUUGGCAGUCUGCACUGGCAGCAUCUACACUAAGACUGUCAAUAUUCGAUUAGACGGCGGACGCAACCCAAGCAACCAGAAGAAAAAGCAGGAAUAUCCUACAGAAACACAAUUAUUAUCAUGUCAGGGGCCACCGGGGACUUAACAUGUGAGGGGUGUUUUUCUGCACAUGGGGUCAACAGCACCGAGUCACACUCCACCGUGGAUGAUGAUGAACUUGUACGCUACAUCUGGACGGAGUAUUUGCACCCCAAGCAUUACGAGUGGGUUCUAAUUGUGGCUUACAUCUUUGUGUUCUUCGUGUCACUCAUCGGCAACUCGCUCGUUUGUUUUGCAGUAUGGAAAAACCGCCACAUGCGUACUGUGACCAACUAUUUCAUAGUGAACCUCUCAUUCGCUGAUGUCUUGGUGACCAUCAUCUGCCUUCCUGCAAGUCUAGUAGUUGACAUCACGGAGACAUGGUUCUUUGGACAGACGCUUUGCAAAGUUGUGCCGUAUCUGCAGACCAUCUCCGUCUCGGUGUCAGUCCUGACACUGAGCUGCAUUGCGCAAGACCGCUGGUACGCCAUCUGCCACCCACUGAUGUUCAAAAGCACAGCCAAGAGAGCUUGCAAGAGCAUUGUUAUCAUCUGGAUGGUGUCAUGCAUCAUCAUGAUACCUCAAGCCAUCGUGAUGGAGAGCAGCAGUCUGGUGCCAGCUCUCCAAAACAAAACUAGUUUGUUCACCGUGUGCGAUGAACACUGGGAAGCUGAGAUCUACCCCAAGGUGUAUCACAGCUGUUUCUUUAUUGUCACAUACUUUGCACCAUUGUGUCUCAUGGUGCUGGCCUACAUCCAGAUCUGUCACAAGUUGUGGUGUCAACAGAUUCCUGGCAGCACGUCAAUGCUGCAGAGGAAGUGGAGGACCAUGCAGUGCUCAGCGGCAGCUGCAGGCCCAGGAGAGUCCGUGCGGGUCAAGACUAGUACCGUCUGUGCUGAGAUCAAACAGAUCCGGGCGCGGCGCAAAACGGCUCGUAUGCUCAUAGUGGUGCUCUUUGUGUUUGCCCUGUGCUACCUGCCAAUCAGCGUACUCAAUGUGAUGAAAAGAGUCUUUGGGACCUUCAAGAACACGAGUGACCGAGAGACAGUGUAUGCUUGGUUUACUUUCUCACACUGGCUCAUAUAUGCCAAUAGCGCACUCAAUCCCAUCAUCUACAAUUUCCUCAGUGGGAAGUUCCGUGAGGAGUUCAAAGCAGCUUUUUCUUGCCAUUGUCACGGUCAAGGCCAAGAGAGACCGAAGAGAAUAAGCACCCGAAUGAGCACCGACAGUCGAAAGUCGCUUUCCACUCACAUUCACAACAUGGACAAUGUGUCACACAUAUCAGAACUAGUGUUGGCUCGUGAGUGAACGAUUUGUUCAAAAGAACAAAUUUGUUUUCAGUGAGUGAGAGUGAACGAAUCACUUCCUAAAGUGAUUGGUUCUUUUUUCACUUCAUAUGACUUCAACCAGUAAGUGUCGGUAAUGCGCAUUGAAGCUGGUGCCACCUCGCCGUAAAACAAAACGAAGAAGGAAAUGACGUAACUUCCCGUUCACGAACGAAUCGUGAAUUGCAUUUCCCGUUCACCAAUGAACGAAUCUGUGAGUGAACAAAUCAGUCACUGAGUGAAUCACUCACUGAGUGAUUUGCAUUUCCAGUUCACCGCGAGAACGGAUCAGUGAGGGAACGAAUCCUGGCUUUCCCUGGCUUUUUAUGCACCUUUUCUCCAAGCUAAUGGCAAACUUUAUUGCAUGAAGGGAUGCGCCGUUAUGCAAAAACGGGGAGAAUUAUUUUUAAAUAAACAUUUAUGUUAAAACUUGUCCGGUGUUUUAUUCCUUGUUUUUAUAUUUGCUAAUUAAAACAUAAAAAUCUGACAUUUGGUUAAAUGCGUUAUAUGACAAACACAAACACAUUCGGCAUAAUAACACCAUCCACUAAAAUAAAUAAAUGAAUAAAUAAGAAAGUGCAGCAAAUGAUUUGGUGAACGAUUAUUUUGAACAAAUCUUUUGAGUGAACUGAUUCUAAAGAUUCAGUUCACUUAUGAACUGGGAUGCACAUUACUAGUACAAAAGAGUGCAUACGGCCAAGGCCUGCCAGGUUGAAAUAGCCGACUGGUUAAUGACGUGUGCUCUUGCUUGGAAAGACCUUGGUUCGAUCCCAGUUGUGAACAUAUGGCUAAUUGUAUUUUUAGAAUUGGAACCUCUCUUUGUAUGCAUAUGCAAACAAGUGCAAGUAUUUAUGUGUAAAUACAUAAGGUGGCUAAUGAUCAAUCAAUGAUCCAUUGAUUUGCUCCGCUAACUAGUCAUUCGGACACUCUAUUAGGUACACCGCCAUUUUCAGGUGUACCUAAUAACAGGCCACUUUAUUAGGGAAAUAUCAUGGUCAAAGGUCACAGGUGUCAAGCUCUAGUCCUCGGGGCCGCGUUCCAAUAUGUUUUCCAAGUGACCCUCGUUAAGCGCACCUGCGUGAAAAGUUUUAGCUCCUUUCACGUUCUGCAGGAGCUAAAACUUUUCACGCAGGUGCAUUUAACGAGGGAAUCACACAGACACUCCAUUAGGUACACCGCCAUUUUCAAGUGUACCCAAUAACAGGCCACUUUAUUAGGGAAAUAUCAUGGUCAAAGGUCACAGGUGUCAAGCUCUAGUCCUCGGGGCCGCGUUCCAAUAUGUUUUCCACGUGAGCCUCGUUAAGCGCACCUGCGUGAAAAGUUUUAGCUCCUUUCACGUUCUGCAGGAGCUAAAACUUUUCACGCAGGUGCACUUAACGAGGGAAUCACACAGACACCCCAUUAGGUACACCGCCAUUUUCAAGUGUACCCAAUAACAGGCCACUUUAUUAGGGAAAUAUGGUCAAAGGUCAGAGGUGUCAAGCUCUAGUCCUCGGGGCCGCGUUCCAAUAUGUUUUCCACGUGACCCUCGUUAAGCGCACCUGCGUGAAAAGUUUUAGCUCCUUUCACGUUCUGCAGGAGCUAAAACCUUUCACGCAGGUGCACUUAACGAGGGAAUCACACAGACACCCCAUUAGGUACACCGCCAUUUUCAAGUGUACCCAAUAACAGGCCACUUUAUUAGGGAAAUAUCAUGGUCAAAGGUCACAGGUGUCAAGAUCUAGUCCUCGGGGACGCGUUCCAAUAUGUUUCCAAUAUGUCCGUUGGUUUGCUCCGCCAACUUGGGGGCGGGGCCACUUGAUAUAUUUACACAUAAAAACUUCCAAUUGUUUGCAUACAAAGCAAGGUUCCAAUUCUAAAAGCAGAUACAGGUAUAUGCUCACACCUGGACUUGAAACUGGUUCUUACCGAGCGAGAGCCCGUGUCACUAACCAGUCAGCUAUUUCGACCUGGAACCUCAUAGCUGUAGGCCUUCUUUUGUACUAGUGACGUGCAUUCCAGUUUAAAUUGAACUGAAUCUUUAGAAUCGGUUCACUAGAAAGACUUGGUCAAAAGAAUUGUUCACCGAAUCAUUCGCUACACUUUCUUAUUUAUUCAUUUACUUAUUUUAGUUGAUCAUGUUAUUAUACCAAAUGUGUUUGUGUUUGAAUAAAAGGUUGAAAAAAAACCCGUUAUGCCAACAUUUGUUAUUUUGGGGGACACCAACUCAUAUAACAACGUAAAACACGAAUUGUCAUAUAAAGUAAUUAACCAAAUGUCUGAUUUUUAUGUUUUAAUUGGUGAAUAUAAAAACAAGAAAUAAAACACAACAAAUCGACAUUCUGGCUUACAUAGUUCACGCCAGGAGGAAGACGCAACACCUUUACUGACUGAUCCGUUGAUGCACGGGGAGGCAGUUCACCCAUUGAUUCGUUCGCGAACGGGAAAGUCAGGAUUUAUUCCCUCACUGAUCCAUUCUCGCGAUGAACUGGAACUGGAGAUGCAAAUCACUCACUCACUGACUCGUUCACUCACAGAUCCGUUCAGUUGGGGUUCUAAAGAUUCAAUUCACUUAAAAAAACUGGAAUGCACAUCACUAAUCAGAACAAAUAGUGUAAGAUCAUCAGCAGGUUUGGGGCUCUAUUGGGGACAAAUAUUGCCCUCUAUUUUAUAGACACACUCACUUUACGGAUUAUAUAAAAUAAGAUGGAAAAAAACUUUAAGUGAUGAAAAACAGACAUGACACAUCAGACGCAUCUACCUCGAUGAAAUCAAUUCAUAUUGGAUUUCAUUCGGUUUUUAUUUUAAAUCGAUAGGUAAAUUUCUAUGACAUAAUUCAAAUGAUAGUCCUUGAACCAAAUUGCUGAUUAGCAGCUCUUUGUGGAUUAAUGUGAGUUGCCUCAAACAUCUUUGGUGGACUGCAAUUACAAACUAUAAUUGGAAAUUUGCAUUAGUAGGUACGAAUUAUCUUUAAAGUCUUGGAUUCUAAUCUUGGAUUGCAAUUUGGAACCUUGCUUGCCGAUUCUUUUGUUCGUUGAAAAUAAAAAGUAAAAAAGUUUGGACAUACUUACUCAUGCUAUGAAUUAAGUAUGAUUUGUUAAGGUGAAUGUUUUAAGGUUUUUUCAGUCUUUAAUUUGAUAUUCUUACACAGGGUGUUUAAAGGAAUUUCUGUAGAUUCUACGUCCACAAGCUUGCUGACUUUAUUAUUGUGAUGUCAUUGUUGUUAAUGGUACCAAAAAAGAGAUGAUUUGUACUGCUUUGCACUUUUUGUAAACUAGCUUAUGCCGUUGUCUUACUUAGUGAACACUUGUUUUGCUUGCAAUUAGGACUUGCCAAAUGUCUGUACAGUUCUAUGAAACCAUUUUUUUUUUAUUUAACCGCUGCCCUCCCCAAAAAUUUUAUUUUAUCUAUGAAAAGAUGACGAUGGGCCUGGCAAGUGGUAAAUUCCUUUAGAAGGUUCAUGUUAGGUACAAAAUAAAUUAUGGAAAGGGAAAUUGUAAGGACUUCUUUGUCAUCUAGCACAGCAUAUUACAAAGCACAUUUCACUAAACAUGUUUUUAAAUCCACCGGGGCCUUUUUUUUUGGGAGGUAUCCUAAUUCAGCAGUGGAUUGAUCUUGUUAUUUAAGAUCCUGCUUUUCUUAGUGGAGAAAAAGUUUUGGGUUCAAAUCAUCACACUGUAAAAACCUCUCAUGAAACAGUGAAAAGUGACUUUGAAGGAUGUCAUUUGUGAUGCACGCAAGAAGUAAAUGUUCUAAAGCUCAUGGAAAGAAAUGUUCUUUAUCAAACAUGGCACGUUUUGCUGGCAUCACUUUCUCUUCUAGCUCAGAUAAGUACGGAAUUAGACAAUGCUGGUGGAUUAUUUUUUUUUUUUUACUGGUGAGACUGGGGUUCCAUAGAUAUGAGAUGGAACACAUAUCUAGAAAAACUGAUCUCAUAUCAACCUGAUGUUAGUCACAUAAUAUUUUUUUUCCUCUUUACAGGAUGUAUUCUAAUGCACAUGGUGUACGUAUAUGUAAAAAUGUUGUUCCAUCAAAAUGGAUGUAAUGCAAUUUGGUGAACAUGUUAUUUAUUUAUUUUCGACUUGAAAAGUGGCUGAAUAAAAGCAUUCCUUUUGAUCUGACUGA